GUCCACGCGCAGCCUGGCAGUUUGCCUCUUCCCCGUCCUCCAGCCUGCGUCCAUGGCCACCGCCGCGACCGAGGAGCCCUUCCCCUUCCACGGCCUGCUCCCGAAGAAAGAGACCGGGGCCGCCUCCUUCCUCUGUCGCUACCCGGAGUAUGACGGGCGCGGCGUGCUCAUCGCCGUCCUGGACACGGGGGUCGACCCCGGGGCUCCGGGCAUGCAGGUUACAACUGAUGGAAAACCAAAAAUCAUUGAUAUCAUCGACACAACAGGAAGUGGUGAUGUGAACACUGCUACAGUAGUAGAGCCAAAAGAUGGUGAAAUUAUUGGUCUUUCAGGAAGAGUGCUCAAGAUUCCUGUGAGUUGGAUAAAUCCCUCAGGCAGAUAUCAUAUUGGCAUAAAAAAUGGCUAUGACUUCUAUCCAAAGGCUCUCAAGGAAAGGAUACAGAAAGAACGGAAGGAGAAAAUUUGGGACCCUGUUCACAGAGUGGCCCUUGCAGAAGCCUGUAGAAAACAGGAAGAAUUCGAUGUUGCCAACAAUUGCCCUUCUCAAGCAAAUAAACUAAUCAAGGAGGAACUUCAAAGUCAAGUGGAAUUGCUAAAUUCUUUUGAGAAGAAGUACAGUGAUCCCGGCCCCGUGUGUGACUGCUUGGUAUGGCAUGAUGGUGAAGCCUGGAGAGCCUGCAUUGAUUCAAAUGAAGACGGAGACUUGAGUAAAUCUACUGUUUUGAGAAACUACAAAGAGGCCCAAGAAUAUGGCUCUUUUGGCACAGCUGAGAUGUUGAAUUACUCCGUUAAUAUAUAUGAUGAUGGAAACCUGCUCUCCAUUGUGACCAGUGGAGGAGCUCAUGGAACACAUGUAGCUAGUAUAGCUGCUGGGCAUUUUCCAGAAGAACCUGAACGGAAUGGUGUAGCUCCUGGUGCUCAAAUUCUUUCAAUCAAAAUUGGUGAUACAAGACUAAGCACUAUGGAGACAGGCACUGGCCUUAUAAGAGCUAUGAUAGAAGUUAUAAAUCAUAAGUGUGAUCUUGUCAACUACAGCUAUGGAGAAGCAACUCACUGGCCGAAUUCUGGGAGAAUUUGUGAAGUCAUUAGUGAAGCAGUGUGGAAACAUAAUAUAAUUUAUGUUUCAAGUGCUGGAAAUAAUGGUCCGUGUCUUUCUACAGUCGGUUGUCCAGGUGGAACCACGUCAAGUGUAAUAGGUGUUGGUGCUUAUGUUUCUCCUGAUAUGAUGGUUGCUGAGUAUUCUCUGAGAGAGAAAUUACCUGCAAAUCAAUACACGUGGUCUUCCAGAGGCCCCAGUGCUGAUGGAGCCCUCGGAGUGAGUAUCAGUGCACCAGGAGGAGCCAUUGCCUCUGUUCCCAACUGGACAUUGAGAGGAACUCAGCUAAUGAACGGGACGUCUAUGUCUUCUCCCAAUGCGUGUGGGGGCAUCGCCCUGAUACUUUCAGGUCUGAAAGCUAAUAAUGUUAACUACACUGUUCAUUCAGUCAGAAGAGCUCUAGAAAACACUGCAGUGAAGGCUGAUAAUAUAGAAGUAUUUGCCCAAGGACAUGGUAUUAUUCAGGUUGAUAAAGCCUAUGACUACCUCGUUCAGAAUACAUCAUUUGCUAAUAAGUUAGGUUUCACUGUUACUGUUGGAAAUAACCGUGGCAUCUACCUCCGAGAUCCUGUUCAGGUGGCUGCACCUUCGGAUCAUGGUGUUGGCAUUGAACCUGUAUUUCCAGAAAAUACCGAAAACUCUGAAAAAAUAUCCCUUCAGCUUCAUUUAGCUUUAACUUCAAAUUCAUCUUGGGUUCAGUGUCCCAGCCAUUUGGAGCUCAUGAAUCAAUGUAGACACAUUAACAUACGUGUGGAUCCCAGGGGCUUAAGAGAAGGAUUGCAUUACACAGAGGUCUGUGGCUAUGAUAUAGCGUCCCCUAAUGCAGGUCCUCUGUUCAGAGUUCCCAUCACCGCAGUUAUAGCAGCAAAAGUAAAUGAAUCAUCACAUUAUGAUCUAGCCUUUACAGAUGUACAUUUUAAACCUGGUCAAAUUCGAAGACAUUUUAUUGAGGUUCCUGAGGGUGCAACAUGGGCUGAAGUUACAGUGUGUUCAUGUUCUUCUGAUGUGUCGGCUAAGUUUGUUCUUCAUGCAGUACAGCUUGUGAAGCAAAGAGCAUAUCGAAGUCAUGAAUUCUAUAAGUUUUGUUCCCUUCCAGAAAAAGGAACACUGACAGAGGCUUUUCCUGUCUUGGGUGGGAAAGCAAUUGAAUUUUGCAUUGCUCGUUGGUGGGCAAGUCUUAGUGAUGUCAAUAUUGAUUAUACCGUUUCUUUCCAUGGCAUAGUGUGUACUGCUCCUCAGUUAAAUAUUCAUGCAUCGGAAGGAAUCAACCGAUUUGAUGUUCAGUCCUCCUUGAAAUAUGAAGAUCUAGCUCCCUGCAUAACUUUGAAGAGCUGGGUUCAAACGCUACGCCCACUGAGUGCAAAAACAAAACCUUUAGGAUCAAGAGAUGUUUUGCCAAAUAAUCGUCAACUUUACGAGAUGAUUCUGACAUAUAACUUUCAUCAGCCCAAGAGUGGAGAAGUAACUCCAAGCUGCCCACUACUGUGUGAAUUAUUAUAUGAAUCAGAGUUUGACAGCCAACUGUGGAUCAUAUUUGACCAGAAUAAAAGGCAGAUGGGUUCAGGUGAUGCCUAUCCACAUCAGUAUUCUCUGAAACUGGAGAAAGGAGAUUAUACAAUUCGACUACAGAUUCGUCAUGAGCAAAUCAGUGACUUGGAACGCCUCAAAGAUCUUCCGUUUAUUGUUUCUCAUAGGUUGUCUAAUACCUUGAGCUUAGAUAUUCAUGAAAGUCAUAGCCUUGCACUUCUAGGAAAAAAGAAAUCAAGUAAUUUGACGUUACCACCUAAAUAUAACCAGCCAUUCUUUGUUACUUCCUUACCUGACGACAAGAUACCUAAAGGAGCAGGACCGGGAUGCUACCUUGCAGGAUCCUUAACAUUGUCCAAGACUGAACUUGGAAAGAAAGCUGGGCAGUCUGCAGCAAAACGACAAGGAAAAUUUAAAAAGGAUGUGAUCCCUGUUCAUUACUACCUAAUAUCUCCACCAACAAAGACUAAGAAUGGCAACAAAGAUAAAGAAAAAGAUUCAGAAAAAGAGAAGGAUUUAAAAGAAGAGUUUACUGAAGCAUUACGAGAUCUUAAAAUUCAAUGGAUGACAAAUAUUUCUUUGACCACUGAUUUUCUGUACGAGUCCUCAUUAGCUGAAUAUUUAUGCGCCCUUGCAGUCAUGAGGCUGGAUUCUAGUGACAUUUAUAAUGAAUUGAAAGAAACAUGUCCUAACUAUCUUCCUCUGUACGUUGCACGGCUUCAUCAGUUGGAUGCUGAAAAGGAACGAAUGAAAAGACUUAAUGAAAUUGUUGAAGCUGCGAAUGCUGUUAUUUCUCAUAUAGAUCAGACGGCCCUGGCCAUUUAUGUUGCGAUGAAGACUGACCCCAGGCCUGACGCAGCUGCUAUAAAAAAUGACAUGGACAAACAAAAAUCCACCCUCGUAGAUGCCCUUUGUAGAAAAGGCUGUGCCCUGGCCGACCAUCUUCUUCACGCACAAGAGCAGGAUGGGGCUGUUUCAAGUGAUGCAGAAGGGAGAGAGGAGGAAGGAGAAAGUACUCUGGACUCUCUGGCGGAGACCUUUUGGGAAACUACAAAAUGGACUGAUCUUUUUGACAAUAAGGUUUUGACAUUUGCAUACAAGCAUGCAUUAGUAAAUAAAAUGUAUGGGAGAGGCCUUAAAUUUGCAACUAAACUUGUGGAAGAAAAACCAACAAAAGAAAACUGGAAAAAUUGUAUUCAACUGAUGAAGCUGCUUGGAUGGACCCACUGCGCAUCUUUUACUGAAAACUGGCUCCCCAUCAUGUAUCCUCCUGAUUAUUGUGUAUUCUAAAAUAGGAACCAAGACUUUAAAUUUUAAAAAAGAAAGUUUUAUAGUGAAUGGAUAUACAAACAAAUUUGUGGCAUUUUUAGUCUAAUGCAUGUUUUCAUCUGCUAUCAAAUACCAAUUAUUAAAAUGAUGUGUAUUUAUCAGAGAAUUCGCUGGCGUGUGGCUUAAUACAUGUAAACCUAGACCUCUGACAUCACAGUGUUUUCUUAAUGCCUCACGUUGCUGGCCCCGGGCUGUGCCCCGCCUGCCAGCACCAAGGACUUGCAGUUGGGUUGCAACUAUUACAUGCAUGAUAGGUUUUAAACCGUAACUUUUAACGGCAAACCUGUAAAAUUCUAUUUUUUAUUUUAUAAAUGAACAGGGUUUUAACAUGCUUGACUUUAAUUUUUUCAAUUGUAUGAAGGCCUUAAAAAAGCUACAUUAAGCGUAGCUAAAAUUAUUUAUUGGACUAAAAAGUAACAACUUCAUUUCCAGAUUUUUUUUUUUUGGCAAAUGUGUACAUUCAAUUCAAGGGAAAAAAUAAAACCGGCACAAAUAAAUGCGUGGCCAUUGCUGGAGCAUAACUGCUUCCAUAAAUCUUCGUCUUGGAGUUAUUUCAGGCCAAUCAUUUUUAACAUCCUCUUGACGUGCAGAGCAUCAGAAUGAACUUAUUGAUAAUACAUGUAUAAGUGCCAGACAGCUAAAUCUUUAUCAGGUAUUGUAAAGAUACACAUACAGUAUGUUUAUUAAAGUUGAAAUAAUGUAAACACGUGAAUAAAUGUGCAAAACCAAGAUCACAGUACACCAUAUGCACUCUGAUACCUUAAUUUUUUUAUAAAUAAUAAAAGUGAAUAUUGAAGCUU